GGGAGGAGGAGGAGGAACUCGAGCUGGAGGCAUCCUCAGAAUGUUCCCGGCGCGCGCCGCCCCGCGCGUCCUUUGGAAAACAACGCGUCUGUGAACACUGAACCCGUCGCCGGCCGAACGCAUUUGAACAGUUCGGUACACGCUGACGCUGAGGUUGAUUUCGCUGCAGCACGAGAAUUUCAUCACAAGGAGACGCCAUCUUGGCAAUCCGAUACAACAAGUAUUAAGUUGAAAUUAGUUCACCACCUAAAGCGUGGUACCUUCCACGUACCAAUUACGCACCACAUUUCGAAAUGUACCCUGUCUGUGCCGCGCGCAGUGAUGCCAUGAGAUUCUAGUUCCAGUAUUAUCAGCUGUCAUCCGCUCGGUAUUUAAAUUGAGGAAUCCAGACCUGUCCUAGGAAUUUAUGGUUGUGCUGAUAUUUCAAAAUUGGAUACAAAAGAGUGUAUCAGAUUCAAUCUAAAGCUGGUGGAUUAGUGGAGUAUGAAUGGUUAAACUUGGUUGAGUUUUUUUCUGACCCCUCGUAUUGCUGAAGACAAUGCUAGUCAGAGAUGAACAGUUCAUUGGAACACGAUUUUAUUGGGUAUGAAUAUUCUCCAGAGAGGAAAUCUCAGGACGAUGACACACCAAAGGAUCAAGAAGAAUUAGCUCAUAUACACCCGGAAGAUCUCCUAAUGAAGACUCAAAAUGAACCUAAUAUUGAAGAUGAGAACAUAGGCAUUGAAAGUCUUCCAAAUGAAUCAGCACCCGACCUCCUGCAUUGUGAAAUUUGUGGUCAAGAGUUUCUAAAAAAGAAGGAUUUGCGUUGUCAUAUUAAUAUUCAUUUAGGACAACCUCGAGUUGUCCUCAGGAGGAUUCCUAAUUUGAAAUCUGUCAAGAAAAAACAACAAGACGAAAAGUAUUGGCUGGAUCCGGAGCAGAAGGGAACUUUGAAACUGACUCUAAAAAAGCAGUGUAGUUCUGAUUCUCUCAAACUCACGUUUAAGAAGUCUUCGGUAUCCGAGGACUUCAAAGUCAUUAACAGCAAUUUGGAUUGUCAAUCGGGUGAUUACAGCCAGCAAAAGGUGGCAGGCCUCAGGGAAAAUGAUAAUAAGGAUGACACGGAACUGGAAAAAUCAGUCAACGAGCCGUUUGAAAACGUAAUGAUAAAUCAGCAGGAAGAUUAUGAUAACUCUAAAUUCGAUACUGAAACUCGAAAUCCUUUGGAGGACACAGAAAGAACUUCAAUGGAUACUAACGAGGGCGAUUCUGGUGUAGGAAGUGACAUGGCAAAUCCCUCCGAAAGGGAAUAUCAAAAUUUAGAUGACCUGCAUGCGGGAGAUCAUUUCGAAAAUUCAGAAAAGACAGUAACUGAAAGCGAUGAUCCUGAUGAUUCUGACGCGCUAGAAGCGACAUGUAGAGAAACUAUUGAAAAUUUAAAGAAACUUGGCGAGCAAUCGAGCUCUAGAUCUGAAAUAUCGGACAAAGUUCCUGAGGAGAAUGAAGAAGAAGAAGAAGAAGAAGGAGAGCGUUCCACAAAUGCGGUGCAGAGUCUUCAAAGUAAACCAGAGAUAAGUCUAGUGCCAAAAUCUUCCAUGAUGCCACCGGAGCCUGUUCGUUCAUCUUCGAACGAAGCGGCAGAAAUGGACAAGGAACAUGGACAAUCUGGUACCAACUCUACAUUCAGUUGGAACCAAAUCACCACUGAUGAGAACGAUAAACGAGGAAGCGAGAACAAUGACGGGACCAGUGGAGCUGGAAGAACCUCCGGUGAUGGACAGACCGAAGCUGCCGGUAAUUUGCUCCAGAGUUUUUUGAUGGACCACCAAAGGCGGAAUCAAAAUGAGGCAGCCCUCUCAAAUAAUAUCCAACACUUUGACACGGAGUAUGUUUCCUUAGAAAGACUGGCCGAGACUGUAAACACUUGUCGUGUCUGCAAUGACAAAUUCAAGGACCAGAAUCAACUCGAUGCUCAUAGGUUAAAAAUGGGUCACUACCAAUGCAACGUUCCCGAGUGCGGAAAUUUGAUUUUCAAUAAUCAGAUGGAGGUCUCGAUUCACAAAAUGCAAAUCCACGGAGCGCCGAUGUCUCCAAACAUGAAUCAAAUGUCACCCCACAUGAGUUCAAAUUCGCCCCACAUGAAUCAAAAUUCCCCCUACAUGAAUCAAAAUUCGCCCCAUUUGAGUCAAAAUUCACCACACAUGAAUCAAAAUUCGCCGCACAUGAAUGCAAAUUCUCCUCAUCACAUGAAUGUGGAAGGACAGGCCGGGGUUCAUCCUCAAGUUCCUGGAAGUUCGCCGCACCACAGGAAUUCUCCCUCGUACAAUGCAGUGCCUAAUGCACAGCAGAUGAUAUCUCCAGUUAAUUUUGAACAGUUGCCGGCACCUGUACAGCAAUUGGCCCAACAAGUGCAACGAAUGCCUCUUCCGCAGGGGCAAAUGCAACCGAGCCUGCCACCCGGAGCGAACACAAUGAUACCUGCGCCUAAUAUGUAUAUUCAGCCGCCAGGAAGGCCCCCGAUGUAUAGAGUCUCCGCUCCUCAGGGCAUGUAUCCUCACAUGCCACACAUGUACCCUCAGUAUGCACCUCCUGGAUAUCCCGGAACGCAAAUGGGACAUCCUCCUCAGAUGCAUCCGCAAAUGCCUCAGCAAAUGCCUCGCAACCGAUAUUCUACAAUCGUCCAGAGUCCACGAGCCCCACGAAUACCUCAACAAGCGAUGCCUCGUCAACGCCUGAAAAGGCCGAUGCAACAACCGGUACAAAUGCCACAACCGAAUAAUGUUGGAGUUAAUAAACAAAGAAGAAUGGAUGUUCUCCUGCCAGAUAGAAAUGAAGAUCCAGAUUGCCAUGUUAUUGCCCAACAAAAGCGAAAUGAUGGAGUUCCUGUGAUACAAAAUGUUCAGGGUGCUACUACGCCACCUAACAGAAGUGAUUCCACGAUACAUCUCACGGAUUCUAUAACCCUCAGUGUCAGGCAACCUGGUUCCGCUCCAGCUCCAGUUCAGAAUACAGCAGGGCCAAGCGGAAAGAAACCGGACGCAAAAGCUGUCGCGAAUGUUUUAGCAGCUCGAGGAAUUACAGUGACUCCUGCUAUGCAGAAGGGAAAAGCGGCUGAACAAAAACAGUUGGCUCAACAGCAACAACAGCAGCAGCAACAACAGCAACAACAACAGAGGCCAUCCCCAGCACAAAAUAUCCAAGCUUUAAAUCUAAAUUCGGCUAUUUCUAUUAUUCCGGCGAGUUCUCAGAGAAAACAGCAGGAACAACAGGGACAGUUUGCGGUUCCUCAAAACAAGCAGAGCAAACAACCGUCUAGUGAUGUUGAACGACCACCAAGACCUCCGACGGUCGAUCUUACGCAGGAUGCUCCACAUCCACCGCCACUUGUUAGACGAGGGAGGCCACCCAGGGCAUUUUUGACUUGUCAAGUGUGCGAUAAAAGAUUCCAGAACCAGGAGAUGCUGACGCAACACAUGGCCAACCACAGAGCGACCAGCAAGCUUCUUCACAAGUGUAAUCUCUGUCCUGCGCAAUAUCCAACGGCUCAGGCUCUACUGACUCAUAAGCAGACCUACCACAAGGAAGUGGACACAAGUCUACAAAAUAAUGGAGGAAUAGAAUUAGCUUUGCCAGUCGUAGAUCUAAAAUCACCCCACGUCGUGAAUCGGCUCUCGAAUCUUGGAAUACAAAGUUUCAUUCCUCUCUCCCAACUCAGUGCCCAGACUGGGGGGUAUUUCGGUUUGCCUAUAGUGACUAUAGACGGCGCGAGGAAUCCAAAUGUUUGCAAUCUGGGAGCUCUUGGUGCCACUUCGAUUUUAAGCCUUGGUCCCCUUAAACACUUAUCCAACAGGUAACUGUAACCGAUACAGUAAUUGUCUCCCCCCCCCCCCCCCCGUUUCCAACCGAAUAUCGUGCAAUUAUCCCAGUCCCCCUAUUGUCUCGUGUCCCUUCUCACAAAAAAAAGUUUUGCUCCAUCAUUCGUCUCAAAACCAUGACGUUUUAUAUUCGAUUAAAAAUUUAGAAAGCCAUCAUGCGUUUGUAAAAACAAAUUUCAUUUUGGAGAUUAUCUCGUUUCUACAUUUUAUCAAAGCUGUUAUUCUAUUGUUGUGGUUUAUUGUAAUUAUCCCAACGAAAUUCUAUAAACUAUAAUGCUACGGAGACUAGCGCAAAUUGUUCGCUAGUCAGAUCUGUAGGUUUUGUUUUUUUUUCGAUUUUAGUAAACGUUCUAUUCAUGGUACUGUGCAUUAAAAAUGCCAUUUUUGAAUAUCUACUUCAGAAUUAUUCUUGCUUUUGAUUUAAGUACUCGUUGAGAAGGCCAUUUUAGUUUAUUCCACUGGAUCUACAUUUGCGAAACGAUAGUUGUGUUGCAAUUUUUUAAAUGGUAGCAUUUAAUUAAGGGCAAACAAAAGUUGAAGCUCGUGUAGUGACCAGCUUAAGUUAUUUUCGUUUAUUAAAUUUGCUUUUAUUUGAGAAUUUUUAGUUUUAGAUUUACCAAUUUUGUUUCUUCAACAGCGAAUUUGUCUCGACUAUGAAUACAUUCCAUAAACUUAGCAGGAAGUUUUGACGCUGAAUAUUGUUGCUAAUGCUUUAGACUAGAGGCUAUUAAUUUUUUACUUUUCAUUUGAUUCAAUACGAUAUUUAUGUUUGCGUUUUCAUUUAGCACGCCAGUUUGACUAUGGGACUUUCUUGCAAGGCCUUUUGCAUAAAUUGGAAGAUUACGAGCGACUUGGUUGUAAAAUCAUAGACAUUUCAUUAUUUUCCAAAGCUGCUGUAUUGCAGGCUUGCGGAAUUUACACCAUUGAAAUUCACUUCGUUUUACACUCAUAGUUAUUUAUUUUCAUUCAUACCAUUUCGGUAUUACGUGUACAUAGUAUAGAUUUAAAACCUUAGAAAAGAAAACAUGCGUUCGUUCAGACAUGUUUCGAGUUUCGGACCUGUUAAUAAGAUUAUCGACUUAGGCCAGAAGAACUGAAUUAAAAUUAUUAUUAGGCUCUGUAAAAUUUUGUAUAGUUAUGGGAAAAGUGAUGUAAGGUAUCACAGUGAAAGAGAAAAGCCUUUAUCUCGAAUUCAAAGAUCGAUUUUGAAAAAUUCUUGUAUUCUUUCGUCCAUGAUCGCUCUCUUUCUAAUAUUACAAGAAAGAAGGAAAUAGCAACUGAGGAUUACUGCCGUCCAAACAAGAAAAGUAGUAACUACAUUGUGGAUGAGUAUCCUGUCAAACUAACCGAAAUUGGGAUGGCAGAGGACUCAUUAAAAAUGUAGUUACGACUUUUAUUGUUUGGACGACAGAUUACAAUAAUAGAACAAAUUUGAAUGAUUUUGGACUUGAAAAUUCGCUGUUAUAUUAUAACUUCCCUUUAAUGUUUAAAGUUGUGCUUUUUGAAUUUUAAAAAAUCCUUUUUACAAGUAUUUUACUUUUUUAAAUUGAGGAUACUUUGCUUCUUUCACUGUGAUAGUACAUGCAAUAUAAUUGCAGUAUUGUACAGGAUGAUUCUUGAUUUUAUGUGUGUGCAAGGUAAAACAAAGUUUGUGAUAUCGUCGAACAGCGACCUCAGGUUUUUCAAAACGGGGAAUAUAGAUAGCUGUUUGGCGAAAGAUAAAUACUUACUUACUUUUCACGGAGAGCGCAUCGAUUCCAAGUUUAAAUUGUAUUGACUGAGAAUUGAUUGAGUGUACUCGAUAAAGGCUCUGCUAGUGACCCAAAUGUUCUCGAAACUCUGUCUGUAAUUUCAAAACGUGUAUAUAGGCGUGCAUAUAUUACACUAAAGUUGAAUGUUGUAUAACAGAGAAUCCCCCUCUCGGAGGUAUUAUUAUAUUAUAUUAUAUAAUUAUGUGGUACAUAAGAUAGCAUGAAUGAGAAUUCAGAAUCAGAAAGCAUGAAUGGAUCUUGAGUACGCAUAUCUGUAUUUUUAUAAAACGUUAAAAAGUACGAUCUUUAUUAUUUUAAAGGUGUAAAAGAUUUGAUUACAAAUAAAUCAUAAAAAUCAAAAUGGUA